UGGAAACCAUACGUAUUGGCCAUGCGUUUCUGAGAUAUUAUCCUCUGUCUCGUGAAAUGGCAUAGUGUACCAUGAAAACAUCAAAGCUGCCCGUGAAGCGGGCACCGCGGAGGGCAGGGAGCCUUCCUCCUGCUCGCAUGCUUGGGUCCCCCAGUGUCCCUAACCUGACAGGACAGGGGGACCACCCUCUCCGCAGCGCAGCGCUCAGCGAUGACGAACAUCACCUCCCAGACGAUGGGAGAGUGGUUGGAGUUCGCUACAUCACUGAGGACCUGAUAAGGAGGGUGACUAAACAAGAUGACCUCUCCUCUGUCCAGACUCUCAACCUUUGUGGGACAAAAAGUGACAAGAAAAUUAAAUACAUAGAGAAUCUGGAGAGGUGUGAGAGACUGCAGGUGCUUAAUCUCAGUUGCAACAUCAUUCAGAAGAUGGAGAAACUGGACAGGCUGCACAGACUCAGGGAGCUUGACCUCUCCCACAACACAAUACGGAAGCUUGAGGGCCUUCAGCACAUGGGGAGUCUCCAGCUGCUCAAUCUGUCCUAUAAUCUGAUGGAGAGCGUCCCCCUGUGGCUGCCCAAGAAACUGCGCUCCCUGACAACCCUCAAUCUGCAGGACAACAGCAUCUCCUCGCUGCAUGAGCUGUGCAGGCUGAAGUCGCUGCUGAGUCUGAGUGAGCUGAGAGUGUGUGGGAACCCUCUGAGCCGCCUGCCUCACCACCGCACUCUCCUCAUCUACCACCUGGGGGCGCUGCAGCUGCUCGACACACAGGCCGUCAGCCAGCACGACAGAGACCAGGCUCAUCAGCGCUUCCACAGGGAGGAGGUGGGCCGUCUGGAGCAGGAGCUGGAGCAGCGGAAUGAGGAGGUGCUGAAGCUGCAGGGGGAGCGGGAGGCCGCAGUAGCACAGCUGCACCAGCAGGAGGAGCUGUACCACAGCCUGCAGCAGCGCAGCCAGCAACAGCAGCAGCAGCACACUGAGCUACAAACAGAGGCGGACACCAAGUCCGAGCUGCUGAGGCAGAAGACGUGGGAGUUGACGCGGGCGUGCCAGAAGCAUUAUGAGCUGGAGCAGGAGCUGGCCUUCCUCAAGAUCGACGCCAAGUUUGAGCCGCUGCCCUUCGUGCCAGGACAGGACGUGGGCCCUGACGGCAGGCUGAGCGAGAGCCCCUACAUCGGGAAGGCUCGACACCAGAGGAGACCCGUAGCGAGGGCCGAGUCCCAUGUGGACGAGCAGUCCGGUCCAGCCAGAGGGGUCGCCUCGGCAACAUGGAUCAGCGCCGGAGAUGUGUCCAGAGACACUGAGGAGAGCAGAGAGGAUGAGCGGCUGCAGCUGCUACAGGUGGAGAUAAAGCGUCUUGAGCAGCAGAUCGUCUCGGCCAAUCAAGAGCUCCGAGGCCUGGAGGAGACUGCCACUCAGAAGCGGGUGUGUGGUGCUGAGCAGGAGUGUGUCCGUGAGGAGCUCCAGGUGAAGCUGCAGGAGCUGAAGCAGGACCAGACGGAACUCCAGAGUCUGGAGACGCAGCUGGACACACACGCCGCCCAGAUGAGCCGCGCACACACACACCUGGACCUGCUCACCGCCCAGCUGCAGAGAGUAGAGCCCUCACACCCCAAACACCUUUGA